GUUCUGUGCAGGAUUAUCACUGUUGUAAAAUAUGGUGGAAGCUGACCUGCAGAGAGCAGGGAUACCAGCAGGGGGCAGAAGCGAGUUUUCCCUGCUCUCCUCCCCUCUCCUCCUGGGGCCCUAGCCCGGUGCUGGCUCACAGUGGGAGAGCCCUGGAGAGGAGCUGAGGGCUCGGCCGGCUGGGAAUGCUCGGGACCUUACAUAAGCGCAGCAGGGAGAGGCGGGAGCCUCAGUCCCAGGGCUAACGGACACCAGCGCGCAUCUCAGCUGCAGCGUCUCCAGGGAGCUCCACACCUGCGGCUGGUUAAUGAGUCUGCAGAGAGAGCGAGGACACUCCGCUCCGAGGGGCUGAAGUUCAGUCAGGAGAGGGAGAGAGGGGGAGAGACUGAGAAACACAACCUCCUUCAGACCUGGUUUUUCCUGAGACGGGCAGUAUGCCAAAAGUUGAAGUCAAAACCCAGGUUUCAAAAGUGCUCAAUAAAACCACACCAGGGCUGCAGAUAUGGAGAGUAGAGAAAUUGGAGAUGGUUCCCAUCCCUGCAAAAAUGUAUGGCCGCUUUUUUGAAGGGGACAGCUAUGUCAUUUUACAUACCCGUAAAAUUGGCCGAAGCUUCAGCUAUGACAUCCACUACUGGCUGGGAGGCUGCGCCUCCCUGGACGAGCAGGGCGCGGCGGCCAUCUACACCCAUCUGAUGGACGAGCACCUGGGAGGCGUGGCCGUGCAGCACCGAGAGGCCCAGGGCCACGAGAGCGACGUGCUCCGGGGCCACUUCAAACAGGGCAUCAUUUACCGACGGGGUGGUGUCGCAUCAGCCAUGAAGCAGGUGGAGACCAACACCUACAGCGUUCAGAGGCUGCUGCACGUCAAGGGCAGGAAGCAGGUGCUGGCCAGAGAGGUGGAAAUGAGCUGGAGCAGCUUCAACAAGGGCGAUGUGUUCCUGCUGGACUUGGGGAACCUCAUCAUUCAGUGGAACGGGCCGAAGAGUAACCGCAUGGAGAGACUGAAGGGGAUGGUCCUGGCCAAAGACAUCCGUGACCGGGAGAGAGGGGGGCGUGCGCAGGUGACGGUCGUAGAGGGAGAAGAUGAGAAUUCGUCCGGCGAAGCGAUGACGAUCAUGAAGCAGGUGCUUGGGGAGAGAAGAGACAUCAAAGAGGGUGUUCCAGACCAGGUGGUGGAUCAGGCACUGAAGCACAGCGUCAAACUAUUUCAAAUAUCGGACGUGCAGGGGAACCUGGUGAUGCAGGAGGUAGGCCUCAGGCCUCUGACUCAAGACCUGCUGAAUAACAAGGACUGCUUCCUGUUGGACCAGGAGGGCACCCGGAUCUUUAUUUGGAAAGGAAGGAGGGCUUCUAAAACAGAGAGGUUUGAAUCUGUGGAGAAAGCAGAGAUGUACAAGAAGGCGAAGGGCUACCCUCCCUACACAUAUGUGGAGGUGGAGAAUGAUGGUGCGGAGUCGGCCGUGUUCAGGCAGCUGUUCCAGCGCUGGACCAUGAACGAGCACAGCCUGGGGCCUGCCAUGUCCCACAGCCCCGGGAAGAUAGCCAAGGUGGAGCAGGUCCGGUUUGAUGCCACCACUAUGCAUGCACGGCCUGACCUGUCUGCGCAGCAGAGAAUGGUGGAUGAUGGGAGCGGUGAAGUUGAGGUGUGGAGGAUCGAGGACAGUGACCUGGCUCCAGUAGAUAAGAAAUGGCUGGGGCACUUUUAUGGGGGAGACUGCUAUCUCAUUCUGUACCAGUAUGAGGUCAGCGGCAGGGUGCACUACAUUCUGUACAUUUGGCAGGGCGACCAUGCAAGCAACAUAGAGCUGGCUGCUUCAAACUACCAAGCCGAUGUUCUGGACCAGCAGUACAAUGGUGAACUGGUCCAGGUGCAAGUGCCCAUGGGCAGGGAGCCCAUGCACCUAUUGGCCAUCUUCAAGGGGAAAAUGAUUGUCUACGAGGAGGGGAGCUCCCGGGGGGGCUGCACAGAGCGCCAGCCCAGCGCCCAACUCUUCCACAUCCACGGCACCAACGAGUUCAACACCCGCGCCAUCGAGGUGCCCGCUCGCACGUCCUACCUCCACUCUAACGACGUGUUCGUGCUCCAGACCGAUAGCUGCUGCUACCUGUGGUACGGGAAGGGUUGCAAUGGAGAUGAGAGAGAGAUGGGGAAAUCUCUGGCAGACACCAUCUCCAGGAGGGAGAAGCGUGUGACGGCUGAGGGCCAGGAGCCGGAUGAGUUCUGGCUCAGUCUGGGGGGAAGGUCCCAGUACCCCAACAGCAAGAGGCUGCACGACGAGACUCUCUACAUCAGUCCCCGCCUCUUUGAGUGCUCCAAUCAAACCGGUGUUUUCACCUCCACGGAGAUAUCCAACUUCACCCAGGAAGACCUGGAUGAAGACGAUGUCAUGCUUCUGGACAUCUGGGACCAGGUUUUCCUGUGGAUCGGCAGGGGAGCCAAUGAGACGGAGAAGAAGCAGGCUUUCCUGAAGGCACAGGACUACCUGCGCAACCACCCCGCAGGGCGAAAUGUCAACACCCCCAUCGUCCUGGUCAAACAGGAGUUUGAGCCCCCGACCUUUACCGGAUGGUUCCCAGCCUGGGACCCCUAUGUGUUCCGCAGCAGGAAGACGUACAUGCAACUGAAGGCCGAACUGGGAGACAGCAGAGACAUCGUCAAAAUCACCAUGGACAUGACGAGGCUGAGCCCGACCAGGGAGCCGGUGGCCCUGAUGAGGGAGCCGCGAGGCCCCUCCGCCCUGCCCACCUUCCCCGCCCACAAGCUGGUGAACCAGCUGGCCGAGGACCUGCCCGAGGGUGUGGACCCCACCAGGAAGGAGGAGUACCUCUCCGGUGAGGACUUUGCUCUCGUCUUGGGCGUUUCCCGCCUGGACUACUAUGCCAUGCCCGACUGGAAGCAGAAGCAGCUGAAGAAAGAAAAGGGUUUGUUUUAGGAGGAGAGGAGGCUCACUCAGCUUCCAUUUUCCCCCCUGCAUCAGAUAAACCUGCAACACUCAACUAAUACAGAUUUCUUUAAAGUUCUAGAUUGCCAAGUUGUUUGCUUACCAUUAAUUCCACCAGUAUGUGCUUUUGUAUUUACAAUGAGGGUAACUUGUAUCAAACAUACUGAAGGAAUCGUAGGUGCCAAUAGAAUAUAAAGUCAUGGAUUAUUUUAUGUGGAAUUUAACUAUUUCUUUGAAUGGGAAUUAGGUUGCGGUUUUGUGAAACUGCAAUUUUAUGCACAGCACCAUUUACAACUCAUGACAGCUGGAAUUCUAGACCUAGUCUGAAAGCUAUUCCCCUGGACCAUUGUAUGGCCUUAUGUGCCUUAAUUUGCCACUGAAUACAUGAUCUUAUGCACUUAAUGUGAGCACUAAUAUUAUCUUCCUUAAUUAUGACAGUAGUGAUAUUCAGGAUGCUUUUUGAGUAUUAUACGUAUUUUGAUACUGAAAACACUUGUUAUAUGAAAUAUCUAUUACUAGAUUUUUUAUUUUGUCAUAUUCUUUGGAAUAAAACACAAUUUAAAGAUUAAUAUAUAAAAGUUUUUAUCAAUCACUCCAGCAAUAAUGUUGAAAGGUAGGCAAUAAAAUAACAUCCAGAGCUUCA